AUGCAGUUAUUUUACGAUAAAAAUAGUUAUAUGUUGUCAGUAUUUAAUAAACAACAAAAAAAAUCAAUUCUAUUGUGGUCAAUAAUUAGUUUAUUUGUGAUGAAUUAUAAUUAUCACAUUAUUAUUAAUAUAUGGUUUAGUCUAUUAUUAUUAUAUAUAAUAAUUGACUCUAUUCUAUGUCAAACAGUUGAAACAAAAUAUGUAACAUAUGAUAUUGAACAGUAUGGUAUUAAUGGUGGCGUAUUUUCAAAUACAAUUGUAUUUUAUCGUUUUAUAUCAAAUUCAAAUUAUCGUGUUCAAGUUGAUAUUCAUUUUUUUCAAAUAAGAGGUGUAACACCUCAAUGUACACACGAUUAUCUUGAUGUUUAUAUAAAUGUAUCAGAUGUUGAUAUAUUAACAAAUGAAAAUUUAUUACAUCGUUAUUGUGGAAGAAAUAAACCAAAAACAUUGGUAUCAUUAUAUCAUAUUAUUGUUUUGGGAUUUUUUACUGAAGAUACACAAACUGAAAGAGGUUUUAAUGGUACAUUUAAAUUUAUAUCAUCAUUACCAUUUCGUCGUAAUUUAUAUCGUGAACCAUGUCAUUAUAUAUUUAAUAGUUCAAUAAAUAAAAUGGGUGAAUUUUUUUCAUUAACCUAUCCUGGUACCUAUUUACCGUGGCAAUUUUGUAAUUAUUCAUUUAUUGGACAAUCGGAUGAACGUGUUCAUUUAAGAUUUAAUGAUUUAAUGAUCUAUAAAACACCUGGUACUCAACAUUGUGCUAUUGAUAUGAUUAAAUUAUAUGAUAAUGAUCUUGAACCUGAUGAUUUAAGAAGAUUUUUAAAUAGUUUUCCAACAUGGUCACCAACAAAUAAUAAUUAUCAAUUACCUCAACCAUAUCAAACAAAUAUUAAUCAUAUAACAGAUUUAUGUGGAACAUUUAAAUCACCACCUGAUGUUUAUUCAAAAAGUUCAAAAUUAUUAUUAUAUUUUAUAUCAACACAUUAUGAUGAAUUAGCAUCUUAUACAGGUGAAGAUGAAUCAUUAAUAUCAGAUAAUAUUUGGAGAAAAGGUUUUCAUGCACAAUAUGAAUUUUCAAAAGAAUUAACAAAAUUAGAUUUUAUUAUAUCAAAACGUGGACAAUAUAUAUCGGGAACAGAAUGUGAUCAAACAAUAAAAUCUUAUGGUCAAGGUCAAGGAAUCAUUUUUUCACCCAAUUGGCCAAAUUAUUAUAAACCUCAAACAUUAUGUUCAAAUUAUUUUCUUGGUCUUGAUGAUCGAUAUACAUUAGAAAUUGUUGAAAUUGAAUUUGAACAAUUUAAUAUUAAUUGUGCUUUAGCCUAUAUUGUCUUAUAUAAUUGUAGUCGAAUAUAUGAUCAUAAACAAUCUUUAACAACAACAACAACUUAUACAUCAUCUUAUAGUAAUUAUUAUAGACAAACACUUGAUUUUAAACCAAAUUUAACAUUUUGUGGAAUAUUUAAACCUGAAGGUAAAUUUGUAUCAAAAUCUGCUCUAUUAAAAAUAGAUUAUAUACCCGUUGAUCGUAAUACAAAAUCAUCAUUAAAAUAUGGUGGACGAUUUCAAGCUAAUUAUCGUUUUAUAAGAUCUUAUCAUUAUGUAUCAGCUGAUGAAUAUGAUUCAAAUCCAUCAUUAUGUAAUUUAUCAUACUAUCAAACACGUUCCAUACAAGGUAAAUUUGAACCGCCUCGAUCGUCUGAUAAUGAUUAUUUUUCUCGAACAAAUUGUUCAUUUAAUUUUUAUCCAUUAAUAAUGAAUGAUGAUAAUAUUGAUAAUCGAGUAUUAAUUUGGUAUGAUUAUUUUAAUAUUGCAGAUAUUGAUACAACAACAUGUACACAAGAUAAUUUAACUUAUUCAUUUAAAUUUAAAUAUCAUACUCAAUUUCAACAUCAUAAUAAAACAUAUUGUGGUUAUAGAAAUUUUCCUGCUCCCUAUCUUUCCUAUAAAUCUAUAUCAUUAUUACGUUUAGAAUUUCGAACAAAUGAUGAUAAUAAUGGUGGAUUAGGUUUUGAUGGUCGAUAUAAAUUUAUUAAUAAAACAACAAUUAAAAAAUCAAUAAUUAAUGAAUGUUCAUCACCAUUUGAAAAUUAUAUUUAUAUUAAUGAAAAUGAUCAACAAAGUGGAAAUAUAUUAUCACCAAAUUAUCCAAAUUCUUAUCCAGAACAAAUUGUUUGUGAAUGGAAAUUAAAAACAAAUCCUGGAUAUUAUUUUAGUAUAAUUAUUAAUUCAUUAGAUUUAGAAGGAUCAUUAAAAAAAGAUCCAUCAAUUGGUUGUCAAACAUCUGUAUUACGUAUUAUUCAUGGUCAUCAACAAAUAGAUAAUACAACAAAUUAUAUUUCAAAUGAAUUAUGUGGAAAUGAUUUAUUUGAUGAUGAUUCACCACAUUUACAUUUAAAAUAUCAUUUAACAUUUGAAAAUUGGUUUAUUAUUCAAUUUAUAACAUUAUCACGUUCAACAAAAGAACAAUUAAAAGGUUUUAAUCUUACUUGGACAUUAUUAAAAGAACAUGGAUUAAAUGAAACUUAUCCAUGUUUAGAUAAUUUUGAUUGUGGAAAAAUGUGUAUAUCAUCUACACUUAUUUGUGAUGGUUAUAUAAAUUGUGAACCAUUUAGUAAAAAUGAUGAAUUAAAUUGUGAAAAUAAUAUUCAAAUAUCAUUUAUUAAAAAACAUUCUAUUCUUUUUAUUAUUGUAUUUAUAUUAUGUAUUAUAAUGUUCUGGUUUCUAUUGUUAUUUAUUCUAUUAGUAUUAAGAACAAAAAGAAAACGAAAACGGCAAACAUUAUCAUCUGCUAAUCAUACAAAUAGUAAUCAUAUUAACAACGACAAUAAAAUAACAACAAAUAGACGAGAAGAUAUUGACAUAGAUCAAAAACAAAAGAAGAAAAAACGUUCAAAAAAAAAUAAUAGUCAAUCUUAUAUAGAUACCUAUGAUUGGGAUAAAACAAAUAUGUUAGAAGAAAAUGUAACCACUGUGUGA